AUGAGAUUGAAACAGAAAAGCAGCUCUGAUAGAAUCACUGGCAAAAUAAGUCCAGAUUGUGUCACCACUGGAAGGGCACCUGUCUUUUCGCUUGAAGAGGAGGCACGCAUUGUGGAACAUGUGAAGUCCAUGGCUUCAUAUGGAUAUGGGUACACUAGACAAGAAGUUACAGAUCUAGCUACUGAUUUUGCCCACACAAUCAAAAUAAAACCAAGGAGUGAAGAAUUUACCUUGAGAUGGUUUGAGGGUUUCAUAAAAAGAUGGCCAGAACUUAGAGUUGUUAAACCUAGAAGUUUGGAGAUUCUUCGUGCAAAAUGUGGUUCUGUUGCUAAUGUUGAAAAAUACUUUGCAAGCUUAACGGAAGUCGUCCUAAAAUACAAUCUUCAAGAUAAACCACAUCUCAUAUUUAAUGUUGAUGAGAAGGGUAUAACACUGAAUCACAAACCACCUAAUGUUGUAUCUGGAAUUGAAUGUACCACAUCAUCAGUAACAUCUGGAAGGUCUAGUACUACCACCAUACUUGGAUGUGGCAGUGCCUCAGGAUUUGCUGUUCCUCCAUAUUUUGUAUUUGAAGGGAAAAGAUUGAAUAAUGAAUUAAUGAAAGGUGCAACACCUGGUGCUGUUGGUGCAGUAUCAGACUCAGGAUGGUCCAAUACCAACAUAUUCAGACAAUAUUUAACAGAUCAUUUUCUUAAAUACAUACCUGGUAGAAACAAUGACAACGUACUUCUUCUCCUCGACGGACAUAAAUCACAUGUAGCAGUUGAUAUAAUUGAAUGGGCACAGGAACAUCACAUCAUCAUUCACGUCUUACCAGCUCAUACCUCACAUAUUUUACAACCUUUGGAUGUUGGAUGUUAUGGGCCGUUGCAGCGUAUUUACGAUAAUGAAUGUCACAAAACCAUACGUAAAAACUCCUCAGUAAUAACCAAAUAUAAUAUAUGUGAACUAGUCUGCAAAGCAUACCAGAAAGCACUGUGCCCAGAAAACCUUCAGUCAGCAUUUAGAAAGACUGGAAUAUACCCCUUGGAUAAGACUGUCAUCAACCAAGAUCAACUGAAACCAUCAGAGGUAUUUACAAGAAAUGAGGAAUGUAAAGAAACUACAGAAACUACAGAAACUACAGAUGAACCAAAAACAGAUGAGAUCCAAAUGCAAGAAGUCAUAUUAGUCGAUAUGAAUAGAGAAGUAACAGAAGCUGUUGAAAGUGCUGUGACUGUAACUGUGACUGAUGUUGUUGAAGAUAUGCAAGACCAUGAUACUGAUGUACCACACUUCUUUGCGGAACGAAUAAACAAACUAAAAAAAAUGAAGUCCGAAAAUGACAAGAAAGAAAGAAAAACACUUGGAAAGAUUGUCUCUGGUAUGCCAAUAACUGAAAGUGAGGUAGCAGAAAAGGUUAAACAGCACGUUGAAAACCAAGGAAAAAAUAAACCAAGCAACCAGAGUUGUAAGAAAACUGGAAAACAAAAUAAAAAGAAUACGUCCACUUCUGCUUCAUCACUUACAUCAGGACCUAGCCACACUAAACUUCGACCUAGCAACAUAAUUAAUAAACCAGGACCUAGUCACAAGUCUCCAAAACCAGGACCUAGUCACAUAUACAUUGAUGAUUCCAUGGACUUCAGCGAUACAGACGAUGAAGACAUUCCAGAAGUCGAAUUAUGCUGUGUGUGUAAACAGUUUACCCCCAAUCAAAUUAGACUUGGGGUUGGUGUUGAACUUACCAAAUGGGUGCAGUGUGACAAUUAUAGGUGCAAGCACUGGACACAUCUGAAAUAUUGUACAGAAUUGAGGGCUGCGAGGAGAAAUACCAAGUUUUACUGCAUGCAUUGCAAGGACAUGGAAUAG